UUUAACGACUUUUCACUUAAAAUUAUCGAGUUAGACCACAAAGUGUGCCUGGUUAUUCACAUCAUAAUUGUCUAUUGAUCUCAUAUUUGUUAUAAUAAUUUUUUAAUACUUAACGUAAUUACAUAACUCGCAAAUAUGAAACUUAUAAUACUGUCAGCGCUGGUAGUAAUGGCCAGUUGUCUCCCACCGACUCCUGAUGACAUUGAGAACGAGUGGCAAAAGUUUAAGCGUGAAUUCCGGGGCAGUAAUGGCUUCCAGGCUAUGGCUGAUGAGUCGAAGCGCCGGCAGGUAUUUGAGACCAACUAUAAGACGAUUGUCAGCCAUAAUGACGAGGCGGACAAAGGCAUCCAUACGUACCGAAUGGUGUCGACCGAAGCGAACGCGAAACACGAACCGCACUAUUCAUUGAGACAUACAUUGAGUACAAUAAGGGGAACG